AUGAGGCAAUUCGUCCUUCCAUUCUUCAUAUUGGCAAUUCACUUCUUUCCCGCAACUUUGGGUUUCGUUGCCAUGCAUAUCGUCAGCGGCGUUCCAAAUGCACCUACUCCACUCCGGUUUCGUUGUCAGUCAAAAGAUGAUGAUCUCGGAACGCACGAGCUACAGUUAUCCCAAGAAUUCAGUUGGGAGUUCCAGCCCAAAUUUUUUUUCAGGACUCUUUUCUUCUGCCAUUUUUACUGGGGCUCCAAGGAUAGAAGUUUCGCUGUUUAUGAUAAAAGAUUAGCUCAAGGAUAUUGCACAGGGAAUAAUCUCAGGGCUACAUAUAAUUGCUACUGGUUAAAUCAUAGUGAGAUGAAGUGGAUUGUUGAUCCUUCAUGA